AUGGUGUGAUAUACUAUGAAUGUGGAUUAAUCAAGAUUAAGAAUUGAAAUUAAAGAUGCCUGCGUUUUUGAGACAAGUAUAACCUAACAUAAAUUGAAUUACUAUUGGAACUAUCGUUGAUUGAAUUUUUGAACAUGUACUAUUCCAGUUACAUAAUACCGUGAUACAGUCUGUUAAAUGACUUCACUAUGACUGUAUAUAUGUAAAAAACUUGUGAAAAAUGUCAGGACUUCAUGACAGGCCAAACAUUAGCUUUAAUAAUGUGUCAGGACUUCUGGAUGGUGACACAAAACCAAGGAAUAUCAAUCAAACAGGAGCCAUAAUUUAUAUAACAUUAUUAAUAGGAAUCAUAAUCUUCGGAGUGAUAGGAAAUAUUCUAUCAUUGAUUGUGCUAAAGAAGGAACAUGAACAGAGUACUCGUGUAUUCCUGCUAAAAACAUUAGCAAUUACGGACACCUUAUUCCUCAUUUCAUACAUUGGACUUAUACCAGAAGAUGGAUCUUUGGUAUCAGAUGACACCUAUGGGGAUAUAGUCUGGCUACUAGAAUAUCUAAAUAAAACAGCAUCAACAUUAACAACAUGGGUGAUUGUCCUGGUCACAAUUGACAGAUAUAUACAUGUCGCAAAACCACUUCGAGCUCCAGUAAUUGCUACAAUGAAACGGAUGCGUGUAGCCAUAGUAACAUUGACUGUCAUAGCCUUUAUUUACAAUUCUCCACGUGUACUGAAGCAGCCUAAAAUUGACGACGCAUAUCAUGAAAAUAUCCAUUUUGUUGCUAUAUAUGAAUGUGCCCUGGAUUUAAUAUUUCGACAUGGUGGGCCAGUAAUUACUGUAACAAUUCUGAACAUUAAACUUAUAAAUUCGGUUAAACAAUCUAGGAUCCAUGCCGAACACGAAAGUCAAGAAAGCAGGGAGAAACGAAAGCAAACAUUGACAAUGAUAUCAAUAUUGUCAGUUUUUAUAGUAUGUUCUCUUACUAAUACCAGCAUUAGAAUGAUUGAUCUAUAUGAAUCCAUUGCUAACGUUGACCUUGAUCUAACUGUUAAUAAGAUUGAAAAGUUUGGCCUUCUUUGUAACUCAGCAUGCAAUGUU